ACGCGUGCGGGAGGCUAAGCCGGGGCGCACAGGAGCACAGCGCGCAUGCGCAGCGGCGACGGUGUCCGCAAUGGCGCCGUCACAGCGGGUUCGGGUGCUGCGGUGCUGCCGCUGUCGCCUCUUCCAGGCGCACCAGGAGAAAAAGAGUCUCAAGUGGACAUGCAAAGCUUGUGGAGAGAAGCAGUCAUUUUUGCGGACUUAUGGUGAGGGCUCUGGUGCUGACUGUAGACGCCAUGUCCAAAAAUUAAAUCUGCUGCAGGGACAGAUUUCAGAGAUGUCACCCAGGUCUCUGGAAGAACCCGGAAAUGAUGAAGAGGAAAAUGUGGGGCCCAGGCAGGCUGAGCGUGGGAGUGUGCAGGAAAAACCUCAGUCCUCAGAGAACCGCUGGCUGAAGUAUCUGGAAAGAGACUCAAAAGAGCUGGGGAUAGAAAGAGGAGUGUGUUUUGAGAGACUGCCCUUGUCCAGGACAGAGAAGCCAGAGCCUCCCUUCAACACAGGUCUGCCUAGAAAAAGGAAAUGCAGCCAGAGCACAGUCUGGCCUCCACACAGCCCCGAUGUCCAGAACCUAGGUGAUUCUGAGGUUACAUUGGAGCCCCAGAAGGACCAUGCUGGCCUGGCCGGGAAGGUCACAGAAGGUGGCAACCACAAGGAUGGGGGCACCGGGGAGCUUUCUGUUCCUCAGGGGGGUCCUCCAUGUCCGGCCCCACAGCUAAGAGCCACGUCAUCCAAGUGGGACCGCUUCCUUCUGCUGCCUGGAAAUGGCCCAUGUGUGGACACGGAGCCCCCAAUACCUCUGCACAGAGACCCCAAGCCAGCCGGGGCAGCACUGGCUGAGCAGGGGACCCCAAGGGAAGGGCGCCCCAGCAGGCCCCUCAGUGCACCCAAGCUUCCCUGGCCCACACACACUCUCACAUCGGGGUCCCAGAGGCCCUGCGGAAAGCCCCCCGGACAGCCACAGGACACUGGUCCUCUGGCAAAGGGCAGGACCGUGGUCACAGGGUUACAAGAGCCCCCACUCGUGCGACUGUGUAACCUCUUUGAAACUGGUGAGGACUUUGAAGACGACCUGUGAACUGAAACUAGGUUACCAACACGGACACGCGUUACGUGAACCCUUCUCCCCUGGACCUCUCGGCCACUGCAAAGGGGACUCCCCAAUUAGCUUUUAAAUAGGACUAGGGUGGGGGGGCACCUGGGAGGCUCAGUCGGUGAAGUGUCUGCCUUUGGCUUAGGUCAUGAUCUUAGGGUCCUGGGAUCAAACCCCGCAUCAGGCUUCUUGCUCGGCGGGGGGUGGGGGGGGGUGUCUGCUUCUCCCUCUGCCCCUCCCACCUGCUCGUGCACGCUCUCGCAGUCUCUCUCUCUCAAAAUCUUUAAAAAAAAAAAAAAAAAGGACCGGGGAUGAUUUAUGCAAACUGUCAAGGACAAACACAACUACCAGGUCAUCUGUGGUUGUAACAUCUUUGAUUAAAGUGCUUAUACCAUUUAAUUACUGAUUGCAAAAUAGCAACAGAAUGGUUACAAUGGGGUUUUCUUACUGUAAAAGCAACAGACGCGUCUGGAAAUGAGGGAACUAGAGUGGUUAUGGAACAGGCAGUAUUCUGUGAGCUCUGGCCUCCCUCCCCUCUCAGCCCCUCCUCUGCAGAUUCAAGCAGCCCAGUCCCCGACUGCCCUGUCCUCACUCCUCUCCCACCCAGCAGGAUGUCAGCUGUACUCACUCUAAACUUGGAGCUGAUCGGUUUUCUAGCAGAAAAUCAACUACAUGUCAGCCUACUAUUAGUCAUUUAAAAAAAAAAAAAAAA